CAACUGGCUAAUACAGAUGAGGUUAUUGAGAAGCUCUUUUGUGAAGACUUCCCAAGAGUAACACCACUGGAUCCUCAGCUUGAAGAAAGUGCCAUUCAGCUGUGGAAUUGGGCAGUCACCAAACGUGUGGGAACAGCCAUAAAUGAGCACCAGAAAGCAAAAGUGCGUCAUGUUGCAUGCAGGCUGCUGUACUCCUGUGAGCCUGAGAAUCCAGCAGAGGGCGCUGUGCGCAAACAGAUCCUGAUGGCCAGCAAGACAGGAAGAACCUGGCUAGACUGUAAAAAGCCCCAGCUAGCUGAUAACUUCCUGAGCCUUGCUGUCAAAAGCUUGGAGACACUGUACAGCCGACUAACAUCCCGAGGCCAUGGAGGGGCAGACAUCAACACAUCGAAAGGAGAUGUGGAGAAGGACCUGCUUCGAGUUCUGUCUUACCAAGCUGAGUCGGCACUUGCUCAGGAGAAUCACCAAGAGGCUGUGGCCUGCAUGCAGCGCUGUAAAGACAUGCUACUGCGGCUCCCCAAAGAGACAGGCUAUCUCUCUCUCAUGUGCUAUAACUUCGGAGUGGAUUCCUACAAUAUGAAAAAGUAUGAGGAGAGUUCAUUCUGGUUGAGCCAGAGUUAUGACAUAGGGAAGAUGAAUAUAAAAUACUCCCCUGGCGCUGAAGUGCAAGCCAAGGUCCUGAGGCUCCUUGCCACUGUCUAUCUAAAGUGGGACUGUCAGCAGUUUCAGGAGAAGGCACUCAAUGCUGUGAAUUUAGCCAAUAAGGAAAGUGUGCAUCCCUCUGGGCUCUACCUGAAGAUCAGAAUUCUACUGAAAUGUGGGGCUCAGGAUGACCACAUAAGAGCUGGAGUGACAGAGCUGCUGGAGUCAGAGGUUCCUCUGGAAGUGUGUCUAAGCACAGUGAAACUACUCAUGGCUGAAGACAGAGAGACAUUGGCCUUUGACUACCUGAAGAGGGUGUGCCAGCACUUUGAGUCGUCCCCUGAACUGGGCAGUGCCCUGGUCCUGCACAUUGAGCUGCUGCUGCAGAGAGGCAAGGAGCUUCUCGGGAAACAGAAAAUAGAGGACAUCAUCACAGGCCACUACACUGGUAAACAGCUGUCUCCUCAGACUCUCACCUGUUUACAUCUCCUGCUGUGGGACAAAGCCUCCAAGAACUUUGAGACUAAGAACUUCUCAGAGGCUCUGCAGUGGUAUAACUACUCCUUGAGUUUCUACAAGGCUGGCCAGAUGGAGCCCAACCUGGCCAAGCUUCAGAGGAACAGAGCCUCCUGCUUACUGCAACUGCAGCAGCUGGACAAGGCCAAAGAAGCAAUAAAGGAGGCAGAGAGAUGUGAUCCAAACAGCAUCUUCACUCAGUUCAGUGUUUACAAGAUUGCUGUCCUGGAGAACAAUGUGGAGAAAGCUGCAGAGGCAGUGAAGGCCAUCGGGGCUCUGGCCCAAGGUCCUGUGACCAGUGAGGACAGACUGCUAGUUGCUGAGAAUGCUGCCUCCAACCUCCUCAGUCUUGCUGCUCAGAUCGCUCUGGAGAAUGAGCAACAAGACACAGCCAUGAAGGCUCUGGAGAGUUUGUGUGAACACUCAAAAGAUGAAGCUCAGGUUCUCACUGCUCUCAGGUGUUUGGUUCGACUAGUGCUCUCAACAAUAGAAAAGGCCAGUGGGGAGAUACGACAUGCAAAUCUGGAUGUUCUGCUGUCAUAUCUAAAAAUGGCACUGCAGAAAGUGUCACAGCUCAGCCCAGGGCCUAGCAUGGCUGUAGAGCAGCGCACAGAGGACGCCAACUGGUUCAGGAAGAUUGCUUGGAACUCUGCGCUGCAGUGUGAGAGCAGCCCUGACAGGAUGAGGGAUUUCUUUCUGUUCUCUUACCAGCUGUCCCAGUUCUGCCCCCCGGACCGGGCCGUGUUGAUGGGCCAGAAGACGUGCCUGCUGAUGGCUGCUGCUGCCUCUCUGGAGCUCUGCAGGAAGUCUCCACACUCUGACCAGACGGAGCAGCUGACACAAGCCCUGGAGCACAUUCAGAUCUGCUGGGAGGUCUGGAAGACUCUUAAAGCAUCAGGGGACAACUCCAAGGACCCAACCAACAUUUUGCUGCUGCUGUAUGAGUUUGAGGCUCGUGCCAAGCUCAACGACCCCAAGGUGGAGACAGUGCUGGAGUCAGUGCUGGAGCUGGAUAAUGUUGAGAUCAAGGUGUUGGAGACCAUGGCAGCCUUGGCCAUGGAGCCUCCUGCCCACUUCCCUCUGCUGUGUAAGAAGGCCUUGAGGAUCGCUCUGUCUCUGCACAGGAAACAACCACAAGCAGACCRGGCCCGCUGCAGCCAGUGUGUCCACAGCCUGAUCCAGCUGUCGCUACCCAGCGGCGUGUCGGAUGUGGAGGCCCGUGUGCUGGAGGAGGUAUGGGGCUACUAUGAAGAGGCCCUGUCCAUCAUCACAGCCGCACCUGAGGACUUCCCUGAGAUGGAGAUCCUGUGGCUGCUGACCCGAGCCUGGAACACAGGCAUCCUGCUGUACAGCCUGGCCCAGUACCCCGAGGCUGAGAGGUGGUGUGGCCUGGGCAUGAGCUUCCUCCGCCACCUGGGCUCCCUGCAGGAGAGCUACCAGACACAGAUGUCAGGUCUGUACAGUGAGGUCCUAGACAGACUAGACAAAGCCAAGAAGAACCUUAUCAUGGAGGAGUGAUCUUGCUGGUUGAGCUCUGCGGAGCACUUUUAAUGUCAGGUGCCUGAUAUCAUCCAUGUGGUAGCUGGGAUGGUGGUUUACUGUAUGAAGUCUCACUGGUUCCUGUAAGACUGGUCUUCAGUUUAGUCAGCUCCUCCAGGAUGUCAGUUGCAUCCUGCCCUCCCCUAAUAUUUCCCUAUGGAGAGUUUAGAUAACCAUUUCUAGCUUUUGUAGUUCAUGUUUUGGUACUUCUCUACAUUAAUAUAAAUAAUUUUAUCCCUCCCUGAUAUUACAUUCAUAUGKAUUUUACAUUGUCUUAUUUAAACAACUACCAAUACCA